AUGAUCAGGCUCCUCAAGUCCAGAACCGAUCUUGCCCUGCAGAUAGGCCGGCUCAAGCAGGACAUGGGCAAGGGCGUUACAGACAGGCGGCGGGAGGACGAGCUGCGAGAAGAUGUCCGGUCCCUGUGCCGCGAGCUGGGAAUGAGCGAGUCCCUAGGCGCAAGGUUUCUCAACUUUCUGCUCAACGAGUCCGUAAGCGUGCAGUCAACUGGGAUAUCUACACACAUGGACAUAUUCAUGAGGGCAAAGUCACUGGAGGCGCAGGGAAGGCAUAUCGUCCACAUGGAGGUGGGCGAACCGGACUUUGCCCCCCCGGAUGUGGUGAGGGGAUCCAUGACCGACGCCUUUGAUCGCGGGUUUACGAGAUACGGGCCGGCUGGCGGGAUGCCACAGUUCCGGGACGCGCUGGCGCGGUACGCAUCAAAAAACUUUGGCGCAGACGUAUCACCAAGCGGUGUCAUGGUGACCCCGGGGGGAAGGUUUGCGGUGUACCUUGCGAUAUCGCUGCUGGAUCCCGGGGAUGAGAUCAUAGUGAUCGAUCCGGCCUGGCCUGCAUACGCCCAGUGCGCGCAGAGCUCGGGCGUGAAGGUGACGACUAUACACACCGAUAUGGCAGGCGGCUGGGAGCCCUCGGCGGAGCAGGUCAAGGAGGCAGCAGGCCCCGGCACCCGGAUGCUGGUUCUCAACUAUCCCAACAACCCCACGGGAAAGGUUCUGUCCGCGCAUGCGCAGGACGAGAUAGUGGGUGCGGCCAGCGACCGAGGACUCUACAUACUCAGCGAUGAGAUCUAUUGGCAGUAUGCCAAACCUGGCUGGAAGAGUGUUCUGGGAAGCGGCUAUGACAAGAGCAUAGUGGUGCAGUCGUUCUCCAAGUCUCACGCCAUGACGGGCUUCCGGGUGGGCUAUGCGAUGGCACGUCCAGAUGUCAUAGGCUCGAUGGUGGCCCGGCAGGCGAUGCUCAUGGCCUGCGUGGCCGAGCCUGUGCAGUAUGCAGCGAUGCAGGCGCUGGGAGCCGACACGGAUGCAAGAUCCCAGACGAUCAUGUCCCGCCUGGAUGUCAUAUCAGACAUGGCCAAGAAGAUGGGCCUUGAGUUUGUCAGGCCCGACGGCGCAAUGUACCUGUUUGUCAGGAUCGGGCGCGACGGUACCCGGCUGGCCCGGGAUCUGCUCGAGCGCGGAGUUGCGGUGGCGCCCGGCGAGGCCUUUGGGGACUACAGGGACUACAUCCGGAUAUCCGCAUGCCAGAACGAAGAGACACUAAUUAAAGGCAUGAAUAUCAUAUACGGUAACUUGGGAAAUAGACAUGGCUGA